AUGCUGCCGUCACGUAAACAUUUAAUUGCCUUCCUUGUGGUGACAACAUUAGUCUGCUUAACAGUGGGACAGGAUUCCUCGUUUCAGGCCACGAUCACUAGUUCAAACAAUCAACUUCAGUCGCCGAAUGGAACGAGCUUGAACGAAACCAUUACGAUUAACAUUAGCGAAAUAAUUGCAGCUGCCGAUGCUUUAUCAAAUGACACAAACAUUUCGAGCUCUACAGCUCCAACAGGAACAUCAACAACCUCCUUAACGGAUUCAACAACAGCACAAGCAGCAAUAACCACAACUACAGAUACAUCCACCAGCACACAAUCGACAACAACUACUUUAGCCGAAACAACAACCACAACAAAUUCACCAACUACAACAACAACCACACAAACUUCUACAACAACACCACCAUCCACUACAACCACACAAACUUCAACAACAACGCCACAAUCCACAACAACCACACAAACUUCUCCAACAGCGACUACAGAAACUUCAAGUACAACGCAGCAGUCUACCACAACAGUUCUGGUCACAACAAGUACACUAGCAUCCAUAACCACACCCCAAACCUCUACAACAAUUACUCCGACUUCAACAACAACACCAGAAUCUACCCCAAGCACUGCUCAAGUUUCAACGAACACACCGCAAGUCACAACAACACCACUAACCUUAACAACAUCAACAACACCGCAAUCUACAACAACAUCAGCAUCACCGCAAUCCACGACAACAACCACGCCAAACCCAUCAACGACUUCACAAUCCACAACAACAACAACACCUCAAAUUUCAACAACACCACAAUCCACAACUCUACCUUCAACAACACCGCAAAUUACCUCCACAACAUCAGAAUCUAUAACAACAACCCCUCAAAUAUCAACAACAGAUCCACAACCAACCACAGCAAUAGAACAGACUUCAACAACAGCACAACCUACAACAACAACCAGCACUGAAGUUUUAACAACAACCACUAGCACAACACCACUUGCUUACACCGUUUACACCAUGGAGCCAUAUCCAAAUAUUUAUGGCCGAACAAACCAGAGCAGCCAGACACCACGCAGAUUGCGAAUGGGUCGCAAAGGACGCAGGGGCAGGAGACCACGUCGUCGCACUACCUUGACACCACUGUCUUCUAGCAGCAGCACCACCACCACAACAACAACAACAACAACAACUGCCAGAACAACAGUGAAUGGCGAUGAUUUUAGCGGGGACUACGACGACAUUAUCCUAAACUCAAACACUGUGCUUGAACCGUUUCCGCAACUGCCUCUGGAGCUCGGAAAUAUCGAAAAUAACAGAAUCCCGAAAUAG